ACUUUAAUUGUAAUAUCAAAUACACUACAGUGACAAUUAUAAUCAAUAACUUACAUGUGCUUUAGCAUGUUAGUUAAAGACAGAUUUGUCUUUGAAAUGUGGUUAAUGUACUAUUAAUAUUAAAUGUAGAUUUGAGCAACACAAAUUAUACACUUAGACAGUUGAUAUAUGGAAUUUAAAACAAUCAUGUACUCAUUUAAUAUCAUUUUAAACUAUAAUACAUUUUAAUUUAAUUACAAAUAACUUGCAAUUAAGUGUUUCCGACUGAAAUAUGCUUUCAAAAGUUAUUUUUCACAAGGGACAGGCCAAAACUGAACAUUACGACACGGGGAAUUUUCUAGCCAUCAUGACAUAAACAAAAAUGUGAUGAGGUUUUGCGUGUCUUCAUGUUUCUCAUGAAGUUCUUAGAAAAUGUCUGUCAUGUGUCACUCCAACAGCCCUGUAUUACUAAGCAGAAGUGUGUUUGUCAAGUCAGAAGGUUCAAUUCAUGUGGCGUCUUUAAAACUAUCAGAAACUCUGGCCACAAAAACCACUACGGUUCAGAUAAGGGAUAAAAUAUGCGCCUUUUAAGGGGAUCACACAAAAGGAUUUCAAUCUCAAAGUUUCACAAUCUCAACGGAAGUAUAAGAUGUGAGAUUUGAUUUCGUAGUUCUCGGUUAAACCGCAUUUCUUUCAUUUUUUGAGUAAUCCGUGCUUUAUGAUAUCAGCAUUGAACUUGACCACACACCCAAUGCUCAUGCAUGAUCACGUGUUCAGAGACAGAACGAGUGCUAUAAAACACAGAGCAAGCAAGCGUGAGCCUCAAUAAAACAGGUGGAAGACUUUAAUAUCUGCUUUAGAUACUCAAACUUCAUAAUAUCCGCUUCUGAGAGUCAAAGUGCAGUUCUAGUGAGGCAUUGGCUGUAGUUUGAGAAUGGACGCGCUGUGUUUGAUUCUUCUCUUCUGCUUGGCUGUCGCAGUGUAUGUUGUGUGUUCUCUGUACCUGCUACACAACCCGUGUAUCCUUCAUAAGAGGAAAAGGCUGGACUUCCACUGCAGACACAUCUCACACAGAGGAGGGUCUGGAGAGAAGAUAGAAAACACAAUGGAAGCAUUUACACAUGCUGUGGCCGCGUGCACGGAGAUGCUGGAGAUGGACUGUCACCUUACACUGGAUGGCUGUGUUGUGGUUUCACAUGAUAAAAACCUUUUGAGGCAAACAGGAUGUGACAAAACAAUAUCGUCUCUUAGAUUCCAGGAUUUGCCUCACUAUAAAGAGCGACUCGAGGUCACAUUUUAUGUUGGACACUACAGUACAGGGAAAGACAGAGAGUUUGUGUUGCUGGAAGACGUUUUCAAGAAAUUUCCCAACAUGCCAAUGAUGAUUGAGAUCAAAGAAAACAACGACUUGCUCAUUAAAAAGGUCUCUUGUCUUGUGAAGCAGUAUGGCAGAGAACGUAUUACAGUUUGGGGUUCUGAGGAGUCUGAGAUCAUGUCUAAAUGUCAGAAGCAGAACCCAUCCAUACCCUAUUUGUUCAGUAUGAAGCGAGGAAUACUGCUUUUAUUGCUCUUUUACACUGGGCUCCUUCCCUUCGUGCCUCUGGGUGAAAGUGUCCUGCUGUUCUACCUGCCCAGGGUCAUCAACAGGACUUAUAUUCCAGAGGAAUCCUAUCUGAAGAACAGAUUUGUUGUGUAUCUUCUUCAGAAGUUGACCAUGCGGAAAUCAUUGUUUGACCACUUGAUCAAGAGGGGCUUGCAGGUGCAGCUGUUUGUGUGCAAUGAGGAGAGCGAUAUAGAAGCUGCAUUUGCAGCCGGAGCCACAGGCGUAUUGACAGACUACCCGACCCUCCUAUCAAACUACCUCAAAAAACACCCUCUACCUCCUGCUUGUUAUUAGUUACAUAAUGAAAUGUACCUUUGAAUAAGAAUUUUAUCCAACUUCUUCCUGCACUCCAUGAAGCUUUGCAUGAAUUAUGGGAUUAAAGCACUUUCUGUCAUUUACAAAUUGUAUUUAUUUUCUAUAGAAACAUUCCAGAAAACACUACUGAUAUAGUUUGGGAAAACUCAGACAACUUCCGGCAAAUUUAGAUUUGCUCUGAAAGUUAGACUGGCAAAGAGCUCAUUCAAGGAGAUGGU